GUCCGCACGUCGUCAAGAUCCCAAAUGGCCCCCUCAACAACCGUCCCGACCGCCGCGGCCAUCGAGGUCCCGGAGACCCUCCUCAAGAAACGCAAGCAAAACGAAAAGGCCCGGGAAGAGCGACUCGCUGCUGCCACCGCUGCCCGCAAGGCUGCCAAGGCUAAGCGAAAGGUCAUCUUCAAGCGCGCCGAGGCCUAUGUGAAGGAGUACCUCAACAAGGAGAAGGAGGAGAUUCGAUUGAAGCGUGCUGCCCGUGCAUCUGGCGACUACUAUGUUCCUGCCGAACCCAAACUCUACUUCGUGAUCCGUAUCAAGGGUAUCAACGAAAUUGCUCCCAAACCCCGCAAAAUCCUCCAGCUCCUCCGUCUCCUCCAAAUUAACAACGGUGUCUUUGUGAAGGCCACCCGUGCCACCCAGCAGAUGCUCCGUCUCGUUGAGCCCUACGUCGCCUAUGGCGAACCCAACCUCAAAACUGUCCGGGAACUUAUCUACAAGCGCGGCUACGGCAAGGUCGACAAGCAGCGUAUUCCCCUCACCAACAACCAGGUCAUUGAGCAAGCACUCGGCAAGUACGACAUCCUUUGUGUUGAAGACUUGGUCCACGAAAUCAUCUCUGUUGGCCCCAACUUCAAGCAGGCCUCCAACUUCCUCUGGCCCUUCAAGCUCUCCAACCCCACUGGCGGCUGGAGGACGCGCAAGUUCAAGCACUAUAUCGAGGGUGGUGACUUUGGUGACCGGGAGUCGAACAUCAACAAGCUCGUUAGACAGAUGAACUAAACAGCUUGUAUCCAUUUGCGUUUCUUAUCCGUUUAAAGGAGAUGCUUGAUGUGGGCCAGGCGGCUUCUCUCAGAUUUUGGAUGGGACCAUCCGUUACCUAUGUUCUUCCUAUGCACUAUGACGACCAUGAGCAUUAUUUUUGUUAUCAAUAGCCACGCACGCAUAACCCACGCC